GAUUGGUCGACCUGUUUGUUGUGUGUUUUGUUUUGGCAAUUUUGUUCACUGUUAUCUCUGUGUAUCGAAUGGAAAUUUCGGAAAAGGACACUCAAAUUUCCUUGCAACAAUGCGGAAACGACAAAUUGAUACAUUGAAAAUAUUUAACCUUAAUGUUCAGGAAGUCAAAGAAAAUGAAGAAUACCUUGUAACGUUUGAUUCGGGUGGCCGGGAGAUAGCGAUCAACAUUGUUUUGGGACCAGGAUUCCCUAACGAAAAACCCAAACUAAUCGUGAGUCCUAUUUUGAACCAUCCGUGGGUGAAUGCAAACACAGGACAGGUUGAAAACGCACCUGGAAUACUCAAUUAUACAAUUCAUUCCGAUCUGGGUCGAGUGGUACAAGCCGUAAGUCGUGAAUUCGAAAAACAUCCUCCCUCCCUACUCAAUGAUACUGCGUUCGUCGCACAGCAAUGCGGAAACGGAAACACCCAGGAAAGUAGUAACGACAGUGCUGCUUCCCCGGUAGCUACACAAGACAUUUUCGGUCUAAGAACGCUGGAGUUGGACGAACUUGCCCGACUAAACUGCGACGAGGAUUAUCUGGAAGACUUCAUUGAAAAACUUGGAUUCAUUCAAACCCAGAACAACGAAAUGAAUCAUUUGCUGAAUCAAAUAGAAACGCUAGCAACGGAUAAUAUCUCCAAACGAGAUGUGGUAGCGGAACGACGAGAACGAUUAGAUAAACUGAUGCUAGAUUUCAAAGAAUUGGGCGAACGGUACGAAGCUUCCAACCAAAAAUACCAAAGAAAAGCGGAAGAUUUCUCACCGCAACAUAUCAAGGAACUAUUGCAAAUCGCUGUUUCCACAGCGGAUGCUACGAGCGAUGAAGAAGCUCAGAAAUUCCUUGCAGGGGAUACCGAUGUUGCCACUUUUCUGCAUGACUUUCUCGAGAGACGAAAGAGCUUUACGAUGCGGAAGGCAAAAGAAGAAAAGCUUACGCAACAGCUGACGGCAUUGGAGCGUGCUGCGUUUUGAUGAACUUUGACUCACCAAAUUAAUCACCUCCCUACGGUGGGAUAUUUUGUAUGUGAUAUUCAGUACGUUGUUAUUUACUAUCAGUGUUUGCACUGUUCCUAAUCUACUUGGUAGCAGGCGCUAUAAAUAAAUACAUUAUU